AUGUCCACAAGUGAGAGCUCUUCAACAGGGUCUUUCCCGAACCGUGCAGAUCCGGAAACCGCCAGCCAGAUUUCGAGAUCUGUGACUCGCUCCGACAUUGACGCCAUUUCACGGAUCGCCUCCUCUGUCUGUACCCCAGCACGACGGAGGGAAAGCCGAGGGGCGGCGCUGGACACAAUUGCAGAAGAUGACCCGGCACUCGACCCGACCAGGAAGGAAUUCGACGCGUACAAAUGGGCUCGUACCAAGCUCAACCAGCUCGACGAGGAAGGAAUCUUGCGUAAGCAUGCGGGUGUGGUCUUCAAAAACCUCAGUGUCUCCGGGUCCGGCGCAGCGCUGCAGCUUCAGGAAACAGUUGACUCGACUCUGUUGGCUCCGUUCCGUCCGGACAUCUACCGAGGGAUCAUACAUUCAGCGCCCAAGAGGCAGAUUCUGCAUAAUUUUGACGGUGUGCUGAGGAGCGGCGAGAUGCUCAUGGUCCUCGGUCGACCGGGCAGCGGCUGCUCAACCUUCCAGAAGACAAUCUGUGGUGAAUUGCACGGGCUCGACUUACAUCCGGACUCGGUCAUGCACUACAAUGGAAUCCCCAUGAAGAAGAUGCACAAAGAGUUUAAGGGCGAGUGCGUCUACAAUCAGGAGGUGGAUAAACAUUUUCCACAUUUGACCGUGGGUGAGACUCUGGAAUUUGCCGCCUCGGCCAGGACGCCAUCUCAUCGGUUGGCGGGCGAUUCUCGCAAGAAAUACGUAAAGGAAACAACACAGGUAGCCAUGGCAGUGCUGGGCCUGUCCCACACUUAUAACACCCGAGUUGGGGACGAUUAUAUCCGAGGAGUAUCUGGCGGAGAACGAAAGCGUGUCAGUAUUGCAGAGAUGGCGGGUAAGACGAAACCUCCACCCAAGGGAUUUGGCAAAUUCGCUCGAGCUCCUCUUGCUGCUUGGGAUAACAGUACACGAGGUCUUGAUGCUGCCAGUGCUCUGGAAUUUGUGAAAGCAUUGCGAAUCUCAGCCGAUCUGACCGGAAGCUGCCAUGCUGUAGCAACCUACCAGGCAUCUCAAGCAAUAUAUGACGUAUUCGACAAGGUUAUUGUCUUGUAUGAAGGCCGCGAAAUCUACUUUGGGCCAUGCAAGCAGGCAGAGAAAUAUUUCACCACGAUGGGUUGGGUCAACCCUCCUCGACAGACGGUUGGAGACUUCCUUACUUCCGUUACUAACCCUCAAGAGCGCAAGGCCCAAGAAGGGAUGGAGGACACAGUUCCCCGAACUCCUGAAGAGUUUGAGAGGUACUGGAAGGGUAGCCCAGAGUACGCUGCCCUUCUGCAGGAAAUCAAACAGUACGAGUCUGAAUAUCCUCUCGGGGGCCACGGGCAAGAGGAUGUCACAGCUGGGAAGCGAAUGGAGCAGGCAAAGCAUGUCCGGCCAGGAAGUCCAUAUCUUAUCUCCAUUCCAAUGCAACUCAAACUGUGCAUGAUAAGGGCCUAUCAGAGGAUAUGGAACGACAAAGCUUCAACUCUGACGUUGCUUGUUGGUCGAAUCGUCAUGUCUUUGGUUGUUGCAUCGAUUUUCUUCGACACUCCGGAUGCCACUGCUGGUUUCUUCGCCAAAGGUUCACUGCUCUUUUUUGCCACCCUGUAA